UGCUCGGAGAAGCUUCAGCCAAUGAAGAGGCUCUAUCCCAGCUUGCUUGGGGGCUUCUGAGUUUGAGCUGCCUGCAGAAAUGUAAGGCAUUGCUUCCUGGCGCUGAUGGCAAAAUGGGACCCAUCUCCAGUGAUUCCUUGGGCUUCCCAGCUCUGCAGACCUGGGAGAGAACCUACAUAAACAUAUUGGUGAUGUAGCCAGCUUUCAAGGCUGAGAGAAUCCUUAUGGAUUCGGGAGACUGGUUUUUCAUUUAGAAUUUUCUUUUUCCUUUGGAAGAUGAAAUGCUUCUCUCGUUACCUGCCUUAUAUCUUCAGACCUCCAAACACCAUCCUCUCUUCCAGCUGCCAUACUGAAGGCUCGGACCAUGGUGCAGUCCCACUGGCUCCCCUGCCCCCCUCUCCUGUGAGACUGGCUGCGGGGUGGGAUCAUGGAUACUUGUCUGCCGGCUUCUGGUUCCCACGCAAGUAAGCCUGCUGUCAAUGGAGGAGGACAUUGAUACCCGCAAAAUCAACAACAGUUUCCUGCGCGACCACAGCUAUGCAACCGAAGCUGACAUUAUCUCUACGGUAGAAUUCAACCACACGGGAGAGUUACUAGCGACGGGGGACAAAGGGGGUCGGGUUGUAAUAUUUCAGCGAGAACAGGAGAGUAAAAACCAGGUUCAUCGUAGGGGUGAAUACAAUGUUUACAGCACAUUCCAGAGCCAUGAACCCGAGUUCGAUUACCUGAAAAGUUUAGAAAUAGAAGAAAAAAUCAAUAAGAUAAGAUGGCUCCCUCAACAAAACGCAGCUUACUUUCUUCUGUCUACCAACGAUAAAACUGUGAAGCUGUGGAAAGUCAGUGAGCGUGAUAAGAGGCCAGAAGGCUACAACCUGAAAGAUGAGGAGGGCCGGCUCCGGGAUCCUGCCACCAUCACGACCCUGCGGGUGCCUGUCCUGAGACCCAUGGACCUGAUGGUGGAGGCUACACCACGAAGAGUGUUUGCCAAUGCGCAUACAUACCACAUCAACUCCAUAUCUGUCAACAGCGACUAUGAGACCUACAUGUCUGCUGAUGACCUGAGGAUUAACCUGUGGAACUUUGAGAUAACCAAUCAGAGUUUUAAUAUCGUGGACAUCAAGCCAGCCAACAUGGAGGAGCUCACGGAGGUGAUCACAGCAGCUGAGUUCCACCCCCACCACUGCAACACCUUUGUAUACAGCAGCAGCAAGGGGACCAUCCGGCUGUGUGACAUGCGUGCAUCUGCGCUGUGUGACAGGCACACCAAGUUUUUUGAAGAGCCAGAAGAUCCAAGCAACAGAUCGUUUUUCUCUGAAAUUAUCUCUUCAAUUUCGGAUGUGAAGUUCAGCCACAGUGGGAGGUAUAUCAUGACCAGAGACUAUCUAACCGUGAAAGUCUGGGAUCUCAACAUGGAAAAUCGCCCCAUCGAGACAUACCAGGUUCAUGACUACCUCCGCAGCAAGCUGUGCUCCCUCUAUGAAAAUGACUGCAUUUUUGAUAAAUUUGAGUGUGUGUGGAAUGGGUCAGACAGCGUCAUCAUGACGGGCUCCUACAAUAACUUCUUCAGGAUGUUCGACCGAAACACCAAGCGUGAUGUGACCCUUGAGGCCUCAAGGGAAAACAGCAAACCCCGGGCUAUUCUCAAACCCCGAAAAGUGUGCGUCGGGGGCAAGCGAAGAAAAGAUGAGAUCAGUGUUGACAGUCUGGACUUUAGCAAAAAGAUCUUGCAUACAGCUUGGCAUCCUUCAGAAAAUAUUAUAGCAGUGGCGGCUACAAAUAACUUAUAUAUAUUCCAGGACAAGGUUAACUAGGAGGGCGAGUUACUGCUUAGUCUCACAUACUGAAUACUAGUCAAACAAGUUUUUAAAUGUUUCUUUGGGUCUUCAUUUUGAUGCAUUGACUUUCAUUUCCCUAUGCAUAAAACAAUUGGAAUAGAACUUAAAAAGAGUUCAAUGUUCCCAACUCCCCAAUUCUAAGAAACGUCUGUCAAACUCGGUAGGCUUGGGACACUUCUGUUUAGAAUUGAGAGCUGCCAAUUGGCAGUAAUUCUUCCAUAGUCGACUUGAAUUUCUGAUGCAUUCGUUCAUCGCCCAGUUCUCUCUGGUGGGUUCUGUGUUUUGUUUCUAGGUGUCUGCUGCGAUAAGAUGAGAUUGUCUGUAGUAUUUAAGGAGAAAAAGAGAUAAGGUUUUUUUUUUUUUAAUUAAGCAAUUCCAUUUGUUUGAAAAAUCAACAAAAAAAUAAACACUGUUUACUCUUAAAGAGUUUCCUCUUUGUGAAAAAAAUAAUAAUAAUAAAUCAGGCCUGGCCAGUAUGUUUCCCACC